UGUUGUGUUAGAGCAAAGGCUGUAUUUUUCAUUUUCGGUGAGCAGGUUGAUUGUAAUCCCAUUUUUGCAGCUACACUCCCUUGUGCAGAUUCUAUUCCUACUGCUGCUGUGGCUUUGCAUUGCGCCAUAUCUGCUGUAUUUUCCUGGCUGCUAAUCGUAUAGCGGGACUAAACAUGGGAAAGACAAAAGAGAAAAAACAACGGAAAGCUUAGUUUCCUUUCCAGUCCCCGAAACAAUGUGAAUAUCAGCCCUUUCUUUUUUUAAAAAAAUGCUCCCAAGCAGCCACACACAAAGCUUCCCAGUGCUGCUCUUUUUUGAUUUCUUAAACACCAGCACCUUCAUUUGAACUGUACAAGAAGCCUGAAUUCGUUUCUCUCUUUUGUGUUGAAUAUUGUGACCAUAUGCAGCUCUGAUGGGGAAGGGCAGCCAAGGCACUUUUGGGUGAGACUGGCAUCAACCUGGCUCCUAUCAAUAUUUCCCCCAUUCAUUUUAUUAAAUGAUUUGGGACGGUGAAAGGUGCUGGCGCUUUUCAGGGAUGAGUCACAAGUCUGUUUAUUACAUAUAUAUGUGUAUGACAGCCAUCUUUUAAAACAUUGCUUUUUUUUUCUCUCCCUUAAAUUAAAACAAUGUUUCAAAAGACAAUGGAAAAUACAAUAAAGCAGAAGCGGCACUGCUUGGUCUCCAUUAUAAAUGGCUCCUAAAGGUGUCAGAUAUCAUUGACCUGGGCUCUAGUCACACAUACAAUGAGGCACAAAAUAACUCAGUCAUAUCACAAAUAAAAUGACCCCCAAAAAAGUGUAUUUUUGAAUGGGUUUUAAACAAAAACCCUUUGUGCAUUUUUUCCCCUCUAUUAAUGCGCUGGAUUGUGAACUGUGCCUGUGAGCCGGUACAUUUGGUAUUCACUAAUGGAACUGUGAGGGGAAUGUAAUAAUUUUCCUGUAAUGGGAUGUAACCUUAAUUCGACCCCGGCCCUGCAGUCCCUUUUUUUUUUUUGCUGGCUGGGGAGACUGUAAUGACGACUUGCCAACCAGAAGGUGGCGCACGAGGCUGUGUAAAAUCAUCCAGCUGAACGCGGGGCCGCGCACAAACGCUCGCUCCCUUAGCAUCCUCCCUGCUCCCCCACUAGUACACCAGUUUACCUCUAGAGGUCAUCAGGCAGGAUUUACGACUGGACAACAAAAGCACGUGAUUCCAAGUCGUACCCCAUAUUUGGGUGCCUACGUAGGAGGGAACCAAGUACAUGUCCCAGUCAUUUCCAUAAUUCAUCAUAAAUUGUGCAAGGGUGCUAUAGACGCGCAAAACGACCAAGAGCCACAAAUCAAGCACACAUAUCAAAAAACAAAUGAGCUCUUAUUUUGUAAACUCAUUUUGCGGUCGCUAUCCAAAUGGCCCGGACUACCAGUUACAUAAUUAUGGAGAUCAGAGCUCGGUGAGCGAGCAAUACAGGGAUACAACGAGCAUGCAUUCCAGCAGGUACGGAUACGGCUACAAUGGCAUGGAUCUCAGCGUUGGGCGCUCAGCUUCCAACCACUUUAGUGCCAAUGACAGAGCAAGGAAUUAUCCAUCCAAUCCGAGCUCCUCUACAGAGCCAAGGUAUAACCAACCUGCAGCCUCUUCUCCUCCACCUGACCCUCUGCCCUGCACCGCUGUGGCCACAUCUCCUGUCAGCGACCCUCACCAAGGGGGCAAAAACUCCAUAACUAACUCCAACAGCACCACGUCCAAUUCCACCAGCAGCAGCAGCACUAGCACCAGCACCCACAUUAACAGAGAUGGUCUGGGUGCAUCUUCUGGUGCUGAGGAUGAUGCCCCAGCAAGCAGCGACCAGGCAAGUUCUCAGAACAGUCAAAGCCCAGCUCCGUCAGUGCAACCCCAAAUCUACCCCUGGAUGCGAAAACUGCACAUAAGCCAUGACAACAUAGGAGGGCCAGAAGGAAAGCGAGCCCGGACAGCCUACACCCGCUAUCAAACUCUGGAGCUGGAAAAGGAAUUUCAUUUCAACAGAUACCUGACCCGCAGGAGGAGAAUUGAAAUAGCCCAUGCACUCUGUCUCUCUGAGAGGCAAAUUAAAAUCUGGUUCCAAAACAGGAGAAUGAAGUGGAAAAAAGACAAUAAACUAAAGAGUAUGAGCAUGGCAGCGGCUGGGGGUGCAUUUCGUCCUUAAAUUUCCCCUCCCUGAAGAAUGUACUGAUUCAGUAUUAGCUAAACCUGUAUAUUGUCACCACCACUUUGUAUAACUCUUCUCUGUGACUUCUGUGAAGAUACCCUCCUCCCCAAUCUCUUGUCCACCCUUUAUCCUAGCAAUGAGCCUUUUAAACUGGGUGAAAUAGCUUCAAACUGCUUCCUGUAAAUGUCUUGUCCUUGGAUGCCUAUGUAUUGACAAUUCAAUGUUUUAACUUAUUUGAGUAUGUAAAGCGCUUAUGUGUUACUUGAAAUAACUGUACAAAAAUGAGAAUACAAAAAAGCAAACGUUUAUUACAGAUGUUUUGUGUCUGCAGACCCCUGUAUAUGUUCGUGUAGUGUGAUCAUGUCUGAAAUGCCUUCCAACUGUCUCCCACAAUUUCAUGAAACUACCUAGAGUUCCUGUGAAAAAUAACUAUGUUGUAGAAGUGACUUUGCAGUCCAAUUUAUCUUGUGAUAUUGUCUAAGUAGCUGUGACACAAAUGGUGUCUGUCCUAGCUGUGCCUUUUGUAAUGAGAAAAAAAAAACACAAGAAAAAAAAAAAACAUUUGCACGAAAAUGGCUGGAAUCGCAGCGUCUGGUUAAUGUGUUUUGUUUUAUAAAUUCAAUAAUAUAGUGGAGCCUGGCAGAUUACGCAAUUGUUCCAAUUUUUUUGUAAAAAAUUUUUUUUUUUUUCAAGAAAAAUGAUGACUGGAAACAACAGAAAAAAAAUAAACUUUCUACUGAA